GUCUUUGUGAAUCUCUGCAACGAUCCAUUGCUGCGCUCGACCAGAACCACUCAACAAGUUUGGCAUCAUGUCCAACCCGGCGUAUUGGCGACCGCCAUUAAGUGCGGCGAAGAGAUUAAAAGUGAACCCUUCGUCCAUCCAACGUCCAUCGUACGUAUGUCACCAGCGCGCCGGAUUGGCAGAUGCCGGAAAUCUUUCAAAUCAGACGUCUGCAGCUACAGAUGAGCUGGUCAACAAGCAACAGUCUGCCGAGGUCGCGCCAUCACAACCAGCGGACAGGUCGUUGAAGCAUGCAUCGAUGUCGAAGUCGCAAGCCUCACAGCCGCCAGGUUUUGAGCACCUGGGUAAACUAGACCCUCGGACCAGGGAGUUUGUCUAUAACAUGAACCUUCCCCCUAACGUGCGAUCGGUAUAUCUGCGACCUCUUCGCCGUGCACCUACGCACGGCAUCGCAGUAUGCGACCUUCAGAUGCGCUCAUACUCGGUUCGCAACCUCGAAUUCUUCGCGGACUUCGCCAUGCGUGCAGCAUACUACUUAGGCCUCCCAGCUAAGGGCCCAGUGCCGCUACCUCAAAUUACAGAGCGAUGGACCGUGCCUCGAGGCCCUUUCGUACACAAAAAGAGCCAGGAGAACUUCGAGAGGAAGACACUGAGGAGGCUAAUUCAGAUUCAAGACGGCCACCCGGAGGUUGUCCAAGCUUGGCUGGCGUAUCUUGAGAAGAGAGCCUACUAUGGUAUUGGCAUGAAGGCCAAUGUGUAUGAAUGGGAAAGCUUCGAUGUGACGAAAAAGUUGGAUGAGGACGCGAAGACGAUUGCGGAGCAAGCAGAAGAGACAUUCGCAAACUUCGGCGUCCGUCAGGCCGCGCUGGAAAGAUUGGAGGAAACGUUGGGAGACGAGCCUCUGCAGGAGCUUCUCUCCCCAAGUGACGAUGUACGAAGAGAACCAAAGGAGAUCAGCAGAAGCAGUUGAUUGCAAAGCAGGAGAACGUCGAACACUUCGCAAGACCAUUGAUUCAAGAUGAGUAAUAUUCAGUUUUGCCGGCUACAUUGAGCAGCUCAGCCUGAAGUGGCAUCCUUCUUAUGCCAGUAAACAGGAUGAAGAAAAAAAAUUACUUAUAAAAGGGGUAUACUUUCUGUGUACACCGCGUAUGACACUUUUUACAAAGGAGGAUGGGAUCGUAAGGUCGUAAGCGUCGCCUACCCAGCCCAGCCCAAACG